CUUCGAAGCCACCCCCUUGCCCAAGCCGACCACAAGAGUGUUCCCGCGGAGCUCGGCCCGUGUCGUGCGGGGGGGCGGAGGAGAGAGCACGGAGCUAUAAAUCCGACAGCGCUAGCACCACUCCCCAUCCCAGUGGUGAAGCCAGAGGAGCUGAGGCGAGAUGACGACCAUGGGGCUGAGCCUGGGGCUGGUCCUGCUGUGCUUGCUGCGUGUGCAGGCUGGGGACCUGGGAAGUGUGGAGCUGGACGAGAGCAAGAUUGCAGGGACAUGGUACAUCACUGCUAUGGCCUCUGACUCUGAGACCUACCUCCAAAAGAAGGACCAACUGAAGAUGGCAAUGGCCAACAUUGAGGUUCUGGGGGAUGGUGACCUGAAGGUCUCCUUUGCAAUUCCCACCCCUGGGAGAUGUAUGAAGUUUGAAUCGAUCUACAAGCCAACAGGCAGCCCGGGUGAAUACUACAGCUCUGACAGAGGCAAUAAGACAGUGCGGCUGGUGGAUACCGACGGCAGUUCCUACAUGGUUGUCUUUGCCACCAGAGAGAAGGAUGGGAAGAUCUUGCACAUGUUGAGACUUUACAGCAGAAGCCAGAGCGUGAGACCCAAAAUCAAAUUGCUGUUCAAGAGACUUGCCAAGUUGAACGGCUUCACCAACAACACUAUCUGGAUUUUACCCAGGCAGGAGGAAUGCAGACUUGAUGAACCAUAGGAAGUGCAGACUGGCUUGUGGAUGCUCCUGCCAAGCAAUGCAAGACCCAUGCUCUGCAGCUCCAGGCUCCUGCUCCACCAUCCUUCUUCCAGGCUCUGUUGUCAGGACUCUGACACAGCCCCUGGUCCUCCAGCCCCUGCUUUUUGCCAAAUAAACAGAAACCCUUCCCCAGA